GUCCACUGCCAUUCAGCUGUCCCUGUCCGGCCAACAGCAUGGCAGCAAUUUAGGGAUGUCUGUGGCGGAGCGAUUUCUGGCCAGCCUCGGGGCCUUGUGAGAGACUCUGACCUGCGGAGGAACUGCGGCCCGCAGAGGUCAAGGGUGUCUUGUUCCUUGGGAAACCGCGCAAAGCACCUUCAGAGUCUGCCACUUCUCCCUCUGCUGCUGCAGUUCUUUCAGCAGACAGUGUUGGGGAAGCAGCUGAUCAUGCACAUCCCAAGAGCUCCAAAAGGGACCUGUCCUAGGACGGAGGACAUCGCAGCCAGGCCAGUCCCUAGGUCCUGGAAAGUCUUGGAUCAAACUCUGUUCCAGAUGAUCUUGGUCGCUGCUCUGUUGGUUCCUGUUCUUGGCGAUUGUGGUCCCCCACCCCAUUUGCUGUUUGCUUCUUCAAUAAAUGAAUUGUCUGAGAACGAGUACCAAACCGGAACUAUUCUGAAAUACACCUGCCGCCCUGGCUAUAUGAAGAAUGGUGUAAAUCCGACUCUAACCUGCAAACCCAGAGGUCUGUGGAGCUACGAGAUCUUCUGUGUUAAGAAAAGAUGCAGAAACCCAGGAGACUUACCUAAUGGGCAAGUGGAAGUUAAGACAGAUUUCUCUUUUGGAUCACAAAUAGAAUUCAGCUGUUCAGAAGGAUAUAUCUUAAUUGGGUCAACCACUAGUCAUUGUGAUAUUCAAGAAAAAGGAGUUGAGUGGAGUCAUCCGCUCCCCAAGUGUGAAAUUGUCAAGUGUGAGCCCCCUCCAGACAUCAUCAACGGGAAGCACAAUGGUGGAAAUGAAGACAUCCACACCUACGGCUCCUCUGUCACCUACAGCUGCGAUCCUCGCUUCUCACUCUUGGGCGAGGCCUCCAUCUCCUGCACGGUGAAGAACAAAACAGUAGGCGUCUGGAGCCCAAGCCCUCCUGUCUGCAAAGAAAUCAUCUGUUCUCCGCCAAAUGUUCCACAUGGGAAGAUUAUCUCUGGGUUUGGACCCACCUAUAACUACAAAGAUACUAUUAUGUACACCUGCAUCGAUGGUUUCGUCCUCAGAGGCAGCAGUUUAAUCCACUGUGAGCUUGACAGCAAGUGGAAUCCUUCUCCUCCUGUUUGCGAGCUCAAUAGCUGUCUUGGCUUACCGAAUGUUCCACACGCUUCCCGGGAAGGGUAUCAGUGGUCAAGAAACGAGGGCGUGUAUUCUGUUGGAACAGAGUUAAGGUACAAGUGUCUUCCUGGCUACAAACCUGUUACAGAUGAGCCUAUAAUUGUGACUUGUCAGGAAGAUUUGAGAUGGAGCCCAUUCGCAGGGUGUGAAGCAAUUUGUUGCCCACCCCCGAAGCUGGACAAUGGUGCAAUCACGGAGCAUAGAAGAAACCGUCAGGCCAACAAUUGCACCUAUUUCUAUAGAGACAAAGUUUUCUAUUCAUGUUAUCAGAAGCAAAGGCCACCAGUCACUUGCCAGGCAGACGGCACAUGGAGUCCCCACACACCGUUGUGUGGUCCCAGUUGUGACAGUCCACCUCCCAUUGCCCACGGAUAUCACAGGCCAGUGAGUUCCACGUUUUCCUUCACGCAGGAGGUGGUGUACGACUGUGAGGAAGGCUACACUCUGGUCGGAGAGAGGAAACUGUCCUGCAGUUCCUCCAUCUGGUCCAAGGCACCGCCUCAGUGUAAAGCUCUGUGUCCAAAACCAGAAAUUGCAAAUGGAAAGCUGUCUGUGGUUAAAGCCCAAUAUGGUGAGAAGGAAAAUCUCACUGUGCGGUGCAACUCUGGCUAUGGUGUGGUUGGUUCCCCAAGCAUCACCUGCGCAGAGAACAGAAACUGGCAGCCAGAGGUGCCCAAGUGUGAGUGGGAGGUCCCUGAAGGCUGUGAGCAGGUACUUGCAGGCAGAAGACUCAUGCAGUGUCUUGCAGACCCAAACGAGGUGAAGAUGGCCCUGGAGAUGUACAAGCUGUCUCUGGAGAUUGAACUCCUGGAACUGCAGAGGGACAAGGCAAGGAACUCUGUGCAGCUACCGCUGUAACUUUUCCCCGCAGAGAGGGGAGCGCAAGCCACCUGCUGCCUUCAGCGCAAUGGGAUCACAUCAUCCCAGCAGCUCUGGGUCUCUCUGGCACCAAUAUCCAUGGUAAUCAACACUUGUUAAAGUCUAGUGACUUGUGAUUUUGGAACUAGUGAUCAUCCUGUGGCUCAUAUUUUUGCUUUUCUGGACAUACAACAUGCACACACAAUAUGUUUUCCCUAUUAAAAAAGAAUCUACACAUCUGAAA